AUGCUUAAUAUAUCUAUUUUCGAUGUGACUUACUCUAACUAUGGUAAAUAUUUGGAGUCAAAUGUUUUUAUGCAAAAGCAGAAAUAGAAGUAAAGAAAGCAAAGAGAAAACGGUGAAUUGGUAGAUAAUUAAUAAUAUACAAAAAAUAAGCAUGCAGCUUCUGUGAAAUCUAACAAUUUUCAUUCAACAAGUGUUCCAGGUUCUACAAUGAAUGCUAAGACUGUUUCUUUUGCUAACCAAUAAGCUAAAAAAAAUCCUUUUUUUUCUUCAUAAAAAAACCAAAAUACAACGUUAAAUAUGUCUUUUGGUGGAUCCGUUGGAGUAAAAGACAAUAAAAACAUUUUAAAUUAAACUUAUAUGAGCAGCUAAGGGUUUUAAUGUGAUAGACCAAGGACAACUUCAUUGGGUACUGCAGUUUUUAGGUCAGUUGAACGUUCCAAAACACCUGGAUUUUAUCAUUUUUUCCAUAGAGAAAAUCUUUCAGAAAUAAAAUAUUAGCCUAAAUAUGAUUUAAUAUCAGAAAAAGCACCAGCCUUUUCAAUUUCCAAGGCUGCUUAUGAGCGUAUGAUCGAUAAUAUACCUCAAAAAACAGAGCAACCAAGCAGCGAUAUGGUUCCUAUUUGUAAAAAAAAUUUACUGCUGAAAGACGUUUAAGAGCUGGAAUCACGAGUUCAAUAAGAAUAGCAAAAAGAUCAUCAAGAAUUUCAAUACAAAAGAGAAAAAGAAAUUGAAAGCAAGAUGAUUACAGAUUAAAAUAGUCAUACUGAUAUACACAAUCAUUUAAAUUAGCAUUCUUAAAAUUUAUCUAAUUCUGAAGUUCCAAAAAGCUCCUAAUUGAAAAAGAGGCCAUCUAAACUGCAGCCAAAUAUGUUUAACUUAAAAGAAGCAGAAGAAAAGGUGCCUAAAUUUCAUUUAUAACCCAAAACCUACUAUGUCUAAAAGGCUUUAAGAUAUAAAUACAACUAAUAAAAUUACUCCUCAGCUACCGAGGCUAAUUCUCCUUCAAAUUAAUUAUAUACUAAUUAGUCUUAGCUGGUAAAAAGAAGCAGCAUUUCACCAACAAAUACAAAUUAAAAUUUUACAUCUGCUGCCUUGCCAAGUUAAAAUAAUGAGAGUUAAGUAGUGGCAGGCUAACAAUAAUAGUAGUUACAACGAUUAUCUAUUUAAAAAAGGAGGUCUCUAUAUGAACCUAAACAAGCUAAUAACUGUAAUCCACCUUCAAUGAAUACUUUAAACAACAUAUAAAAAGAUUCUAACCAAUUUGGAAAAAUAAAAACAGCAAGCUCAAAUGAAAAAGCAAUAACUUAAACAAAACAAACAAAAAUAGUAGCUGUAACAGAUGGCUAAACAUUGGCAUAUGCAGAAAUGAUGAACACAAAAGAUUCUUUUUAUGGAUAAUCUAACAAAAAAGGUUUUCAUGUCAAACUAGACAAAUAAACUAAUAGACCAAGCACUGUAAAACGACCAAUAUCUCAAGACGAGAUAAGAUUCAAUAAUUUUUAGUUACUUUCUGUAAAAUAAGAAAAAGCACAUCCAUUUACCUCAUAUACUUAACGCAAAGUUUUUGAGCCUAAAGAUAAUGCUCCUUCCUAUGAUAUUCACAAAGUAAAUUAUGAUAGGCUGUUAACUAAUGAUCAUCAUAACAAAGGAAAUGUUUAAUUGAACUUGAAGCCUGUUAACAAUAUACCAAUAACAAAACAUGAAAUAGAAAAUUAAAAUUAAUAUUCAAAUUUGAAGAACAAUGAAGUUUUAAAUGCUAGUGUAAGGUUAGAUUAUCCUAUGAAAGAAAGAGCAUACUUCAAAUAAUCAGGAGUAAAAAGACCCUAUACUGUUAAUUUUGGAAAAUCAUCUCCAAGAAAAAGAAAUUUGUUUCCCAAGCCAGAAGGUACAUUUAAAGAUUAUGCAGGAGGUGUCCAAACUGAAGGAAUAGAUUUAGGACCAGCAUUUAAUAGUGGAAGAUAAAGCUUAAAUCAUACUAUAACAUUUUAUUAACCUGGUGAAAUGUCUUCUACUAAUCGCAAUAAUAAUCAAAACAAUAACUUAAGUUUUAACUUGUGA